GCAGUAUCAGGUAGUAUGUUCACGGUAUACCAGAGUUCGGAGUUCCCGAGUACAGGAUAAUACUUGGUAUUGAUUUUUAGUUGACGCGGUAUUUGUCAUUGAAUAAUUCGUUACGCGUUUGUUUGGGUUUUUUCAUUAUUUAUCGAACAACCCAAAAUGAUCCGCUUCAUUCUAAUACAAAACAGAGCAGGAAAAACGAGACUAGCCAAAUGGUAUAUGAACUUUGACGAUGACGAGAAACAAAAGCUUAUCGAAGAAGUGCACGCAGUUGUAACGGUCAGAGAUGCCAAACACACAAAUUUCGUAGAAUUCAGAAACUUCAAAAUAAUUUAUCGGAGGUACGCCGGUCUAUAUUUUUGCAUCUGCGUGGACGUGGGCGAUAACAAUCUGUGUUAUCUGGAGGCCAUACACAAUUUUGUCGAAGUCCUCAACGAAUAUUUCCACAACGUCUGUGAACUAGAUCUGGUGUUCAACUUCUACAAGGUAUACACCGUGGUAGAUGAAAUGUUUUUAGCCGGCGAGAUUCGGGAAACGAGUCAAACCAAAGUCUUAAAACAACUGCUUAUGUUGAGUUCAUUAGAAUAAGUUAUUAUGAUAUUAUAUCUACAAGCAAAUAUUUUACUUUCUUUACCAAUACACUAAUUACUAUUUAUAAUUUAUUACUCUAUACCAUAAUGUAUUCUUUUUUUUAUAUAUUAUUUAUAUACAUACAUAUAUACAUAAUAAUAUAAUGCUAUUUACGAGUAACGUGUAAUUAUAAUGAUUUAAAUAAAUUACACCCAAUUUAUUUUCAUCCCGACCUUUUUUAUGUGUGAUAAGAGAUAAUAUGAUAUUAUCCUUAAUUUUAUCCGCCCCCCUAAGAUAGCAGAUCUGCAAAUAUCGAAUAUUACAACUAUAGGACUAUGAAAUACAUUGUUAUAGUGUUAAACUGUUAAUGCAUUUUGUUAUAAAAUAAAAUGGAUAGCUACAAAUUGUUGAAGUUUGGUGUACUUUUUACUGUUGGUGUUAUCAAAUUAAGUAUUUGGAUAAUUUAUAUAAAAUAACUUACAUCAGUUGAGGUAAAUUGUAGCUUAUCGUUUAAAUCUCUUCCACAAUACUUGAAAUAUUCUUUCAUGUGUUUAGCAACAACUUCUUCUUCAAGACAUAAACUUUCUUGCUCAGCGUUCAGAAACCUAGUUAGAUUUUGAACAUUGAAUGUGUCGUCAGCUGAACAAUACAUUGAAAAACAUUCAUUGAAAAUCUAAUAAAAUGCCAACAGACAAGCUUAUUAUAGAGAGUGACAAACUCAUCAAAAUUAAGCUCAUUACGCUUCCUGGUAUCGACUUCUUGAAACAAUUCUCGUAGUUUACUGGUUGAAAUUUUGCAAUGAACACGAGGAAAAAAAGAUUUUACAUCUUUCAAUGUCACUCUAUAAAAUAUAUGUAAUUGUAAUUAUUUUAUUUUAGCUUAAACAGCAUUUUUAAUGAUUAUAUUAUAAAAACAUUUUAUUAAAAUAAAACAUUUUGUUUAAAUUGAUUGA